AUGUCUGUGAUAUCACAUGUUGAAGAGUUUACACUUCGGAUCACGCCGAGCGUUGUGACGGUUUACAAAUGGUGUGCAUCAGAAAUUAGAUUAUUUCUGACAAUAAAUUACACGAUUAAAACAAACACAACAAUCCCACUUGUUACAAAGUCGAUUGAGAGUGGUGAUGAAACAGUCAACAACUUCAACAUGAAGGCAAACACAGAAGUGACAAGAGUCUUGAUCCAAACGAACUUGGAAAAGAUAAGCAUAAGUAACACAAUUGUGAAUAAGAUGUUGACACAGACAGUAGACCAUGUGAUACUUAAUAGUUAUAUUGAAAAGUCUAAAGAAAAUGCAGAUGCUGGACAAGUCCAGAAGUGA